AUGAUGGAUGAGAUUGAUCUCUUGCUUUGUCUCGAUGUGGAAAAAUGCGCCGCCUUAUACCGCCGUCAGAAGAUUGCCUCCCUUAAGAACAAGAGCCAGGAAUCUGUACUUCCAGAGCCUACUAUAACGAUGGACAAGCCUCGAGCGCGCAGAAGGGACUACGAAAACGAAGAUAUGGCCGAAAAAGACUCUUUCCUGAUGCCUCCUCCUAGAAAGAAGGCCAGACUCACCUGUGACCCAGUCAAGAGCAAUGGUGAUAUCCAUCUGCCGUCGAAAGCAGAUGGAGAAAAGCAAGAAGAACCGUGUUCUCCAGGCAACACAAUCGAUGAUCAGCCAAUGGAAUCGCCUACGCUCCUUCAGCAAUCAUCACCCACUGAUCAAACCUUUCUUAUUUCGAUUUACGAUAGUGGUUUUAUGAGAUUUGGAGGCUUCACCUCUCCUCUGAAAUCCUUCUCGGACUUUCAGAUUUACGAAGAUCCUUUCGACUACGACAUCUACGGAUCGCAGCCUGACCCGAGAUGGUACCCUGAUGCUGGCGAGGACAAGGAAAAUAUGAGCGAAGGGGCACUAGAGGAUGAGGAAGCUGAUACUGAAAUGGAGGACGCAGCCGAGAUAGAGGAAGUUCCACAUUCUACCCGGGGAAGUAGGAUGGUGCUCCGUGAACGCACCACCAUCCAAGAGCAUCUUCUGGCAAUUCAGGAUAUGGAGAUUGACGAAGAGCCUGUCUUGCCAGAGCCAGUCUUGCCAGUCGUCCAUAUCGCCAUAGAUGCUUUGACGCAUCUUGCUGAACAGCAGGCACAUCAUGUCGGUUCCUUGGCUUGA